AACAAAGAACAAUGCGCUUUCGCCCCCCAAUCCCUGAAUCCCACCCCAACAGAUGGCUCCUUUCCGCCAGCCAAGUUGACUUUCACUUGGAAUUAGUCAGGAAAUGUCCCACAAGAGAUUCUACGUAAAGUUAGACCUGCAGCUCCAUGCGCUCACUUGUCCUGGCGUUUGGCUGUGCUCACACGGAUAUUUGGAGGCCACCAUCAAGACCUUGGGCUACUACUUUCGAACUGGACCCAUGGAGCCGCGGUUUCCGAUGCUGUGCCACGAUCAGUUCACGAUGGAGGGAUACUUUAAGAGCGUAAGCUGCUUGGAGGACAUGCACGAGUUACUAAAAGCUGAGCAGCUUGAGAUAACCGUGUGGCAGAAUGGCCGAAGGUUGGCCUACUUCGUGGGCAGUCUCUCGGAUGUGAUGCAGCCCACGUUCCCGCGACUGAGCUGUGCCCACAGUGCCAAUGUUCAGCUGCUGAUGAAGGCGACGCCUGCUUUUCCGGGAAUCCUGGCGCCCAAGGUGGAGCUAUCUGCGCAACUGACCACGCAGGAUCGAAAAAAGGUGUGCAGUUGCUCCAGUUCCCGGGAGUACUCUGUGCCUCCCGUCAAUCGCCACGUCGAGAGUCGCUGCUUGGGCCAAUUGGAUCAGCCUCGAAAGCAGCAAACAGUGUGCCAUGGCAGGAAAUCCAAUUGUUGUCCAAGUGCCAGUUUCGCCGCUGGGAGAGGUGGCUCUCCUGCCCAACAGAGUCAGCUGGGACGACGAUUGUCCUCCUGCUCCAGCACAACUCAGUUAAGUAGCGUAAGCCGAAGCUCCUCGCUGACGGAGUGCAGCCAUUUGUCCAGCUGCAGUACUCCUUUGGAUGAUCACCACAACAGCUGCGAUAUUUGCCAGGCCUACAGGCGCAUGUUUCCUUCUUACUGAAUACAUAAGCAAAUUAAUUUAUCAAAUGAGUCUUAUUGGUUUAAAGAAAUCGUUUGGUGUUUAUUGAAUAAACAUUCUUAUGUUGCCACCCACGAAACAAGUGCAACUUUAUAUAAUGGGCGACAUUUCAGUAGGUUUUAAUGAUUUCUGAAGAAGAGUUGAAGAAGAAUACUUGUAAAAUAUUCAUUAAAUUGAUAACUGUAAAUCCA